CUUUGGCCCUUUUAUCUCUCUCUAGGGUCGAACACAGAGAGAGAAACAGAGCGGCAAUGGAGGGCUCGAAAAUUUUGCCCCAAACUCGAAAAAGGCCGUUCGAACAAACCGCCGGCAAUCUUCAGGAUUCACCUUACUACAAAGUUCGUGCUGUUCUGAAAGAUCUUCGACCCCACUUCAUUGAGGUGCUCAAGACCCCGGAUUUCCGAAAUUGCAAGGCAGCUAGUGAGAUUCGUGAAGGCAUGAAGCUUUUGGUAGAUCACUACAAAGACAUGAUAUCUGAAGCCAUCAAGCUUGAGGCCCUCAACAACACUCCAAUCCAUCCAUCUCCCAGCAUUCCAAAUGGGCCGAAGCCCGCUGUUAGCUCAGCCCAGAAUGGGGCCCCUAUUCAGCUCUCGGGCCAUAAGGCCCAGGGGACGUAUAUAGUUGGGGGCUCUGCUUUCGGAUGGAACUUCAUUACGUUCAACAGUAACAAAGCUGCUUAUUACGGGCGAACGAAAGAGGAUUUUCGGGCUGCAAAUGUCAAGCCCCCUGAAGUUCGGAGUACUGAUUUGGACGACGAGUGCAAGCUGAAAUUCUUGGAGCUGAAGGCAAAAAGGAACUUCCGAUACAUUGUUUUCAAGAUUGACGACAAAGGCAAUCAAGUGAUGGUGGAGAAGGCCGGCAGCAAUGGCGAAACCUAUCAGGAUUUUGCCGACAGCUUGCCGGGAAAUGAGUGUCGUUACGCGGUCUUCGACUAUGAUUUCAUCACCAACGAGAACUGCCACAAGAGCAAGAUCUAUUUCAUUGCAUGGUCACCAGAUACUGCAAAGGUGAGAACCAAGAUGCUGUAUGCAAGUUCAAAAGACAGAUUCAAGAGGGAAUUAGAUGGGAUUCAAGUGGAAUUACAAGCCACUGAUCCUAGUGAGAUGAGCUUGGAAAUCAUCAAGGAAAGAGCUUACUGAAAAUUUCCUUAAUUCCCCACACAUAUAUAUAUAUAUAUAU